AACAUAAAGCCAGAAGAUGGAGACGCAGAGAGAACAAGAUGCUGCAGAUUAUCUAAAUAAACACAAAAUACUCGACCUCAUGGACAAUCUGACCAGCAUGCUCUUCUUUUACAGACCAGAGAACCCUAGAGAGUUUCUCAUCAAGCAGCUGGAACAGCUGAAGACUUCCAGAGAAAGUGGUGACACUGGACCAAAUCUGUUUGACAACUCCAACCUGGAUGCAGUCUUUGGAAUACUGGACCCUGUUAAUCAAAAACACAUCACAUUUGCCCAGUACAAACAUGCUCUGAUCACACUGGGCAUAAAGGACAUUAAUGAGUGUCCUGAUGGUGUAAAUGAAGACAGAAUAUCAUAUGAGACAUUCAAAACAGAAGCGGUUCAAGGUCUACAGAGAUGCUCAGCCACAUAUGGACCUCUCUGAAUUAUAAAGCUUCAAAUGACUUGGCUGAUAUUUAUGACAGACUUUUACUCAGUGCAUGUUGUACCUGAGUCUAAGCUGUCAAACACUUUAAGAAA